GGGACAGAUCUUGGCCUACAUGGCAUUCUGCGAGGUUUCCCAGGAUCAGUCUCCGGGCACACCUGCUGCGGCGGGAGACUUUGGUUUCAAGGUCUUGACCGCGUCCGACCCUGAGGAGAAAACCAAAAAACUUUCGGCCGAGCUGGCAAACGGCCGACUUGCAAUGAUGGCCAUCAUCGGAAUGUUCUUCCAGGAUGGCCUGACCGGAAGCGCCUGGGGAGAUUGGGCCAACUACACCGCUUCUCCUUUGCGAGCCUUUGAGAACGAGUUGGGCGUGCAAGCGCCAGUUGGGUUUUGGGAUCCUGCUGGGUUCACAGCGGAUGGCAGCGUGGAGGACUUCAAGCGACGUCGUCAGACUGAGUUGAAGCACGGCAGGAUUUCUAUGUUGGCAACCAUGGGCUACAUUACACCUGAGAUCACUGGAAAGUUGCCAGGGUAUUUGUCGCCAUCUGCCGGCCUGAAAUUUGCUGACGUGCCAAAUGGACUUGCAGCAAUUUCCAAGGUGCCUGCAGCAGGUUGGGGACAGAUCUUGGCCUACAUGGCAUUCUGCGAGGUUUCCCAGGAUCAGUCUCCGGG